AUGACGAGAAAAUUUCUAUUUUGUUUUCCCCUGCGGCUUGGAAACAUCGUAUUUGGUUAUAUUGUGGUUAUUAUAAGUUUAGCGGUAGCAGCCUUCCAUUUAUAUCUCCUUGCGUUGAACAUUAUUUCCAAAGAUGAUACUCACGAAGAAAAAUUCAACAAUUUCGAAAAACUCGAAAGUAUAUUUGGCGAAGACAAAAAGGACUUAGUCACUAUUGUCAUAAUGAUAUAUUACUUAACAUAUAUCAUAAUUGGACUAUUAUUAUUUAUGUUCGGACUUAUAUUUACUGUUGGAGCUUACAAGGUAAACGAGUGCUGUAUAACAACUUUCUUCAUCUACAGUUUCUUCCACAUAUUCUUCACAAUUGGAUUAAUAGUUUGGGAAGCCAUUACCGCAGGCUGGAUACAGCUAGGACUUAUAUUUGCAUCUGAUGUGCUCCUGAUAACUUGUCUAUUCAGCGUCAAGUAUCUAAUGGAAGCAAUUAGAACCGGAAAUAUCUACACUCGUCCUGGAGAAGCACUCUACAAAUAUAAUACAUGA